CUCCGACACACGUUUGGCAGACACGCUCACAACAUUCCUGUUGCGAUACAAGGGAAAGAAGGGAAGAGAAAACAUGGAUCCUUGCGCCUGUGCUAAGACUGGGUCUUGCAACUGCGGAGCGAGCUGCAAGUGCACUGACUGCAAAUGCACGACGUGUAAGAAAAGCUGCUGUUCGUGCUGUCCGUCUGGAUGCAGCAAGUGCGCCUCCGGCUGCAUCUGCAAGGGCAAGACCUGCGACACGAGCUGCUGUCAGUGAUGGAGCCUGACGAUGUUCUUCACCUGAAGUCCAUUCCAUGUUGAUUAUGGCGUUGAUUUUUCGCUUCAUGUGUUGUAAUGUAAAACUGUCUUGUAUGUUAACCUUGGAAAAAAAUGAAAUAAACUUUGCUUAUACAUUGGAACUGCAA